AUGCUGCAACGACCAUCCAGCCGAGAUGGCUUCCAUUUCGCCGUCAUCUGUGCGCUGCCUCUUCAAUUCGAUGCUGUAUGCGAUUCCCUCGAUGAAAUUUGGGAAGAUCAAGAUGGAAAACUUGGGAAAGCUGCUGGCGACUCGAAUUACUAUACCAUGGGAUGCAUGGGCAAUACACCUAUUGUUCUCCUCCUUCUGCCUGGGGAGGUUCUGCUUGGGGAUGUCAUCAUUAGCGAAUUCGUUGUACGGUAUGACUAUGGCAGCCAGUACCCAGAUGAGUUCAAGCCAAAGAGAUCGAUUGAAGACAUGCUCGGCAGACCUAAUAAAGGGACUCGGAUAUUGAAUGCUCAGCUCAAGACUCAGCGUUCCCGUGACAGGUUGGAAGACAAUGCCUUCAAACUUUUACAACAACUCCAAGAAAAGAUGGGGAAAACCAAACACCGGGACGCAGAUGUUUGUGAUACCUGCCGUGCCUGUGUCUCUAUUGCCGACCAAACCAAUGACCAUCUGGUUCCCCGAGACCGCCUAAGAGAGCGAGAAGCAUGCAGUUUGAGAACCUCGGGGCUGGUCAUACACACAGGCGGAGUUGGCUCUGCGGAUACUGUGAUGAAAUCAGGUGAGGCGCGUGACAGAAUAUCGCGGAGAGACAAAGUCAUUGCCUUUGAAAAGGAGGGAGCAGGUGUGUGGGACGAGUUACCAUCAUGUAUCAUCAUCAAGGGUGUAUCUGACUACGCCGACUCUCACAAGCCAAAGGGAUGGGAGAAAUAUGCUGCUGCAACUGCGGCAUCUACGGCAAAAGCUCUGCUCUUACAUCACUUCGAAGACAGACAGUCAAAGAGAUAUACUCAGGAUCGGAUAUUCUCCGUGCCCUUCGCUGAAAACCAUAGCUUUGUGGGUCGCGAUGGUGUGGUCAAGUCCUUGAUCGAUACUUUGUCUGAUAAGAGGAAGGAUCGUGUCGCUUUAGUCGGGAUGGGUGGUGUAGGAAAGACCCAAGUGGCUCUAAGGAUUGCCUACAUGAUGGAGAAUAAAGAACCGGCGUGCAGCGUACUCUGGCUGCCUGCGAUCAGCAUGGCUGGCUUCGAACAAGCAUGUACGGAUCUUGUGAAGGAGCUAAACCUCCCAAGCACAAAAAACGAUGAUGCUAGGGAACUAAUUCAGCAACAUCUAAGCUCGGAACGCGUCGGCCGAUGGCUUCUCAUUCUGGAUAAUGCGGACAGUGAAGACAUCCUGCAGGGAUCUGAAGGCGUUCACGGGAUAUAUGCCUACCUACCACGGAGCCGGGGCGGGCAUAUCCUCGUCACAACACGAUGGCGGAAAAUAGCUGUCGAUUUUGCAAAGCAAAAUGUGAUCGAGAUCGCGGAGAUGGAGCAUACAGACGCUAAGAACCUCUUGUACUCUUCUCUGAAUUCGGAUCAUUUGAUGUGGGAUGAACAUGUGGUCAACGAGCUACUGCAUUUAUUAACUUGUCUGCCGCUAGCUAUAGCACAGGCAGCGGCCUAUAUGGAUAUCUUCAAAGUACCUAUCGAAGAGUAUCUUAGGCUUUGCCGUCAUUCUCAACAAGAUAUGAUGGAAUUAAUGCGCAACCAAUACCAAGAUGAUACACUUUACCACGAGAGCCAAGGAGCGGUAGCUACAACAUGGCUGAUUUCGGUCAGCCAGCUCCAGAAUUACAACACAGCGGCCGCAAAGUUACUCUUCUUUUUAAUGUGGAUCGAGCCUCAAGCUAUUCCCCAGUCGAUAUUGCCUGAUGUAGGAUCAGAGCAAGAAAAAAUAAAGGCAAUAGGGACACUUAGCAGUUUUGGCUUCCUUCGAGCAAGACUGGAACGAGGAAUUUAUGACAUGCAUAGCCUAGUGCAUAUGGUCAUGCGGUUUUGGGCCCAGGAUCAAGGGAUUGACACAGAAAUGAAGGGUGACGUGCUCCGUCAUCUUGUGAAAGUAUUCGUAUCAGAUGACUGGGACCAGCGAGACACAUGGCGAGCCUACUUACCGCACGUACUUCACGUAUUCGGAGCGCAUCGACAAAUAGACCCAGAUUCAACAUCGCGCUUAGGUUUCUGGGCGGGAACUUGGCUUCUCCGAGAUGGGCGGAACAAAGAAGCACUUACAGUGGCAGAGCAAGUUGUUGAAAUUCGGGAAACAACGCUAGCUCAAGAUGAUCCGGACCGACCGAGAUCACAACUUCUCUUAGCUAUAGCAUAUCGAGCUAACGGGCAAAUCAAGGAAGCUUCCAUGCUACUAGAGGAGGGUUUGAAAUAUCAUAGAGCAGCACUACCUCAAGGUCAUCCAGAGCAAUUAGUAUGGCAAUAUCAGCUAGCAAGAGCAUACUUGGAUGAUGAACAGGUUGAGGAAGCAAUUAUACUCCUAGAGGAUGUUGUCAAGGUUCAGACAACGACACUCGGUCAGGAUCAUAAAACACAAUUGGCAUCGCAACUUCGUUUAGCAGUGGCUUAUGCGGCCAAUGAACAGAUCAACGAAGCGAUCGAACUUCUAGAACAUGUGGUUAAGAUUGGGGCGACGGUGCUAUCUCAGGAUAAUCUACUACAAUUGCAAUCGCAAUAUGAGUUAGCAAGAAUUUAUGAAGCUAAUGGACAGGUUAAGGAAGCGAUUGCAUUACUAGAACAUGUUGCUAAGAUUCAGGAGAUAGCGUUACCUCAUAAUCAUCCAUUACAAUUAUUAUCGCAACGUAGCUUAGCAACACUAUACAAGGUUAAUGGGCAAAUCGGGGAGGCGACCGCACUAAUGGCUAAGAUUCAAGAGACAACACCGGAUAAUUUAGAUAGCAAUUUCGCAUAG